GCGGCCCCUGCAGGCCGCGGCGGGGCGGACACCCGGAGCCUCGGCAGCCGGCGCCGCAGCCCGGCGGAGUCAGUGCCACGGUGUCCGCCGGCGAGCGAGAGGCAGAGCCGGCGGCCGCCCGCCCGCCCGAUCCCCGCGGCCAGGCCCCCGCAUGCAGCCCUCACCCUGGAGCGGCGGCGGCGGAUCGAGGAGCUCUCGCGGUCCUCCCGGCAGCGGCUGCUGCAGUCGCGGGACAGGAUGUUCUCCAAGUUCACCUCCAUCCUGCAGCACGCCGUGGAGGCGCUGGCACCUUCCCUUCCAUUACAAGAAGAUUUUGUUUACCACUGGAAAGCAAUCACUCAUUACUACAUAGAGACAUCAGAUGACAAAGCUCCUGUGACUGAUACCAACAUUCCUUCUCACCUGGAACAAAUGUUGGAUAUUCUAGUUCAAGAAGAAAAUGAGAGGGAAUCAGGAGAAACAGGACCAUGUAUGGAAUAUUUGCUACAUCACAAGAUUUUGGAGACACUCUACACACUAGGAAAAGCUGAUUGUCCUCCAGGAAUGAAACAGCAAGUUUUGGCUUUUUAUACAAAACUUCUUGGAAGAAUACGGCAACCUCUUCUUCCCCACAUAAAUGUGCAUAGACCAGUGCAGAAAUUAAUCAGACUGUGUGGUGAAGUCCUGGCAACACCAACAGAAAAUGAAGAAAUUCAGUUUCUGUGUAUAGUAUGUGCAAAGCUGAAACAGGAUCCAUACCUGGUCAACUUCUUCCUUGAGGUCAUUCAGGAUCCUGUUUUGCACCUUUACGGGAGGCAGAGCAAGUUAAAAGCAAUGGCUUCCAAGGAAUCAGCAGGUGUGAUCACAGAAGACAUGCUCAAAGGCCAAGACUCUUUCACAACAGACACAGGACAGACUGUUCAGCCUGAAGAAAUACCCGCUGCUGCUGGAGCGGAGCAAAUGGAGAAGGACGACGACCUCCUGCAACAGGCAGAUGAUCUCUCGUUCAGUCUGGAUGAGCUAAAUGUCACAUCAUCACCCGAGUCCUCCACUGCUUGUCUAAAUCAAGACUAUAAUUUAGUGAAUUCUCUACUAAACCUCACUAAAAGUCCCGAUGGCCGGAUAGCCGUGAAGGCCUGUGAGGGUCUCAUGCUUUUGGUGAGUUUGCCAGAACCAGCAGCUGCCAAGUGCCUGACUCAAAGCACUUGUUUAUGUGAAUUGUUGACAGACAGGCUGGCCACUCUCUACAAAGCCCUGCCCCAGUCACUGGAUCCCCUAGACAUUGAAACAGUGGAGGCAAUUAACUGGGGUUUGGAUUCCUAUAGCCACAAAGAAGAUGCAUCUGCUUUUCCAGGGAAAAGAGCGUUGAUUUCGUUUCUUUCAUGGUUUGACUACUGUGAUCAACUCAUCAAAGAAGCACAAAAGACUGCGGCUGUUGCUAUGGCAAAAGCUAUGCGGGAACGAUUUUUCAUUGAUGUUUUGGAACCCCAGCUGAUGCAAACUUCAGAGAUGGGAAUCCUCACAUCGACUGCACUAUUACAUCGCAUUGUUCGUCAAGUGAAUUCAGAUGUACUGCUGCAGGAAAUAGUUUAUUUUAUACUUGGAGAACACAGAGAGCCAGAAACUUUGACAGACAUCAACAGACAUCCAUUGCGACACAGAUUAAUUGAGCACUGUGAUCAUAUUUCUGACGAGAUCAGCAUAAUGACUUUACGAAUGUUUGAGCACCUUUUGCAAAAACCCAAUGAGCACAUUCUUUAUAAUUUGGUUCUGAGAAAUUUAGAAGAAAGAAACUAUAUGGAAUACAAGCCUCUCUGUCAAGAAGAUAAAGACGUGGUAGAGAAUGGACAGAUUGCAGGAGCAGUAGACCUAGAGGAAGAUCCGUUAUUUACUGAUCUGUCUCCAGACAACACGUUGUCAACUCAGGAGUGGCUCAGUGCUUCUCCACCUGCCAGUCCAGAACAUCCAAGAAAUGAUGGGAAGACUGAAGUUCAUAAAAUUGUAAAUAGUUUCCUCUGUCUUGUACCUGAUGAAGCCAAGUCAUCGUACCACGUGGAGGGUACAGGUUAUGACACUUACCUCAGAGAUGCCCACAGACAAUUCCGGGAUUAUUGCGUCGUCUGUUUACGGUGGGAGUGGCCUGGAUAUCCCACAUCUUUGGAAAAGUGCAAUUUAGAAGCACCAUUUUUUGAAGGACACUUCUUGAAAGUCCUGUUUGAAAGAAUGGGCAGAAUUCUUGAUCAGCCCUAUGAUGUAAAUUUACAAGUUACGUCAGUGUUGUCCAAACUGUCCUUAUUUCCCCAUCCUCAUAUACAUGAAUACCUUUUGGAUCCUUAUGUAAACCUGGCGUCUGGCUGCAGGUCUCUCUUCUCUGUCAUUGUCAGGGUCGUUGGGGACCUCAUGGUUAGAAUCCAGCGCAUCCCAGAUUUCACUCCCAAACUUCUGCUGGUCAGAAAACGCCUUUUGGGCCUGGAGCCAGAAGGGCCCAUCAUUGACCACAUGACGUUACUAGAGGGCGUGAUUGUGCUGGAAGAAUUCUGCAAAGAGCUGGCAGCCAUCGCCUUUGUGAAGUAUCACGCCUCGUCUACACCAUGAGCAGCCUUGAUGAGUAGCCAGGCUGUAAAAGCACCCAGCCUGUUUCAGACUAUUGACAACACCCAGAGAAGAGGAGGUGAUGCCUCCUGGCAAAGUGUCUGUUGACAUUUGGCAGAAUUGGAAGAGAAGUUACUCCCACCAGGUGUUGACAUUGCAAUAGAGAGGGAUUCAAAGGGACCUAGAGUAUGAUGGAAGGCGUUUGGGGAUAAACCAAUACAUAGCAUUUCUAGCCACUGUGCGAAGAGCUGCAAAAGCUGCAUGAAGAACCACAGACAUCAGACCUUGGUUAUUCUGUUAUAAUGACAAUGUUUAGAGAGUUGGGUCUUUUGUAUGUUCUGGGGCUCACACACGCCAAUUUGCUUUUUGUGACCUUGUUACUUUUAAAAAGCAAAUUAAUUUUCUAACAUUUUUAUGUCUUAAUUCUUUUUCUUUUCAGUUGGAUACAUGAAAGGAAAUCACAACUGUAGUUGCAAUGUAUGUUAUUAAAAGUGAAGAGGUUAAAAAAAUCCACCAAUCCAUAAACAGUGGGAUAUAUUAAUGAGGGAUCAUAUUUGUUUUGGUGAAUCUUAAGGACAACUCUGAGACUAAUUCCCCAAUGGAAUACUUCCGGAGAUAUAUCAGUAUAAAAUCAAUACUAAUGGAAUUAAUCCUGAUUCAGCAUCACAACCAUAACAAAUAUAUCUGAAGUGUACGUGUUUCUGGUAUGUUUGUCUGUGUCAUUCCAAGUGAUUGCUCUUCAGGUCAUCUGUGUAACUAGGUUUGCUUUAGGUUUCUGCCUGUAAACUCCAGUUGCUGUGGCUCAAGUCACCUUUACAGGGAAGUUAAUUGUAGGUCAUUAGUUGUUGUUGUUGAAACAGUAUUUUUUAAUUUCUUUUAAAUUUAUAUUUAGCCUGAAUUGGCUUAAGAAUCUUUUGUGCCUUGAAAACUGGCAGCAUAAACAUUCUGUCAUUUUUUGAAAUGUUUUGAUUGCUUAUCUAACCAUUGCAGUAGUGCUCCGCAAAAGAUUGACUGAUGCCAUUUCAGUUAAAGCAUUGAUACCAUAUAUAGGACCAAAAUUUACACCUUCUUUUCCUAGUGCUGGGACGCAGAAAUGUCUCUCAGUGAAUCUUUUUCAAUAUGAAUACUAUCAGCCAGGGCAGGCGUUUGCAUUGCAAAUGUUCGGACUUGAGAGUGCUUUGCUUCUAUUUCUCCAGCGUGAAGGGCGCUGCAGCCUGCGCUUCCCCCAGUGCCACCUCUGCACCGCGCGUUCAGGCGUCCGGGCUUUAACCUUCAGGUGACACUGAGGGACUUGGAUGAGAGGCCUGUCCUGCUCUCCACACAGGUGUGUGGUCCCUCUUUCCCCUCCUAUAAAUAUCAUAGUAUAGGCAGGCAAGGUGGAGUUGAGCUCCUUGUGUUUAUAUUCUAUUCGUUUGUCUUUCCUACCAUCCCAUUUGCACCGCUAAUGCCUAUUUCAGAUGUGGUUGCUCAUACACAAAUAGGGACUAAUUUACUUGGUCACUAGAAUUUUUUUUGGAUUUACAUGAAACAGAUUCUGCUCUGGAUCCAUGCCUUUGAGGGUUCUAUUGUUUUUUUAAUAUUUAUGCAACCUGGAUGUUGAGAAGCCUUUUAAGUUAGCAGGUUAAUUAGAACAGUGUCACAGUUAAUGGGCUACAUUUAUUCCUAUCACAGCAGUGAAGAGGGUCCUGCUGUAAAAGCUUCCAGUACAGGUUCAGCUGGAGAGAGCAGUUCUGGAACCAGGGAAAUAUUCUGGCAGGUAAAUCUUGUAUUCACUGGCUCCCUAUACUGGGAGACUUUUGUACAAAGCGUUGCAUUUAUCUGGCAAACAAAAGCAUGUUUUACUUCCUCACCUCUUCUUUUUUGUGAAAUUUAGCCCCAAAGUGUUUUCAGGUCAAAGUAGUAUAGUAGGAUAAAGAUUAAAAAGUGACACUUUCUUCAUUUUUGUUCUUUAGAAAUGUAGCUUGAAAGUAGCAAAUGAUUUUUAGCAAUAUGUAUUGCUGUCAGUCCAUAUUAGAAGCUUUGUUAAUGUAACAUACCUGACACAUAGUUUAGAACAUGUAAAUGUCUAUGCAGAGGAUGUUGAAUACAUACAUUUAUUAUAAAUAAGGUCCAAGUUCAGCAAAGCAGUUAAACCUAAGCUUCAUUUCAAUAAUUUUAUUCCUAAAUCACAAUUUCUUACAUGAACAAAGUUAAGCUGUUGAGCACCAAUGUUGAUGCUUUCCUGAAUUUGGGUCUUUGUUGGUUUUGCUUGAGUUUCAUUACUUUUUCCUCAAAUUUUUCUAUCUUUAUUAUUUAUUUUUUUAAAGUGUAUGUUCCAAAAUACUUCUAAUGUCUCAAUUUCAGUGGAAACUGGAAGUGAUAUUAUUACUAUAAACAAAAGUGAGAGAAAUAUUAAGCGAAAUUUGCAAGAGCACUCCAAGUAAUAUAACAAUUUAUAAAGCCGUUCAAGAGAUGCCUGUUCUCAAAUGAAAGCAGUAACAUCACGGCUUUUGUCGUUGUUUUCAGUGAUACCUGAGCUCAUGACACUGAGGAGUUGUAUCAAUCAGCUGCUGGAAGGACGGCUGCAACCUCUAUGCCAUUUAAUGCAAAACAGUCUACUGAGCUGCAAACAUAAUUUCUUCAUGCUUGUCCAUGAGAAAAAGUAGGUAGAUAGAGCUAUAAACACUCUUAAAUUCAGCAUAUUAUUGUUCAGUCUCCAGCAACACUGCUGAUGUUCUUGCAAACUAAAUGUUAUUUAGUUGAUAAGACAUGGACCCAUCCUGAUGGAAGUGAAGCAAUCCAAGUUGUUUUGGCCUAAAUGGCUUUUGUGAGUGCUGCCUACAAGCCCUUAAUUACCGUACACGAUGACAAUGACCUUUAUUUUUGUAAAAGUGAUUUAAUCUUCCCUCAGAGAUGGAACUCGUUUAAUUAUUUUUUGUGGUGAUAUUUUUCAUGCACUUUUUUUUUCAAAAAAAAUAGAAGGUUAGAAGUUAGUUCAGGUCCAUGUUUUCACCUUUCCAAUCUAUGCAUGUCAUUGAGGUGCCCAUUUUGUUUCUGUGUGCGUGUUUGUAUGUGGUUAUUUAUUACCCAGAAAUGGACCCUGAGAAAAGACAUGGCCUGAAGUUCACAGCACGUGCAUGUCCCUCAGAUGUCAGUGGGAAGUGCAAGUGCUUAUCAAGUUAGAGAAUACGGCCAUUAGUAUUAGGUUGAAAUACUUGAGAGGUAAUACUAGAGUAUUUUUUUUAAUUUCAAAAAGCAGAUCCAAACCACAUUUUAACCCUGAUGCACAUGUGUGUAAAUAGGCACAUUUUUUACUUCUUUUCCAUUUACAGUAUGUAUUUGAUUUAGACUCCAAUAUAGAAAAUUUUGUAAUAAGCCAUGUGCUAACUCUGGUAGAACAAGUUUGUCCUUAGUUUCUCAUAUGAUUGUAAUGUUCCUGGUAAUCAGAUCCUGUCUGUGUAACGUUCUUACUAUGUAUUUGUCUGUGCAAUAUAAAAGCUGUGAUUUGAUACACAGCUUGAGUCUGGUUGUACAUCACCUAUGUAUAUAUAUACAUAUAUAUAUAUAUAAGGACCAGAAUCCCAAGCUUACUUACACUACGAUUAGUGUAAGGAUUGUUGCACUUGAUUUUACAGGGCACAGGUAAUCAUGGGAUGGCUUUGUAAAUGCAUGGUAAUUUCUACCAUAACCUGCUGUGUAAUUUCACAAAUGACAUUUUACUAGUGCUAUUUGUCUUGCUGAAAGAAAUGCUAAACCGAAGUGCUAGGUAAAGUGGAAGGAUUUUGUCAUAGACUUGGGGCUACAUGGAAAAUCCAUAUCUGAUAUUGCGUAUCAUGCAGGAUUUUCAAACCAUGAUCCUCAAUACUUUCUGCGCCCUGUAAAACAGUGUAACUAUAUAAAAUCUAUAUCCUUGUUUUGCCUCCUGCCUUGUUUACAUUAAACAGAGGAUAUUCAGUAAAAUUUUUCUAUUAAACUGUGUGUAGGUCACUUACUGAGCGUGUUGCCGGGGUUUCGCGGGUUUGGGAUUUCCAAUGAGGAAUUGUUGAAACAGCCACAUUACCAGACAUACAAUAAUAAGUUUUAUGAAGGAGGUUGUGAUAAAUUCCAACUUUUUGUGCAAAAAAAUGCAUGGAGGAUUAAAAGGGAUAUUCUCGAAAUAAAUUCAUUUCAAUGAA